AAUCAUAAUGCCGUCAUCUUUAAAGUCUAUACAACACAGCACAGGACUUAUGAACCUGGAUCUUAAACUACGAGCAAGCGAGGCGCUGGCUGCCGGUGAUGAACGUGCUGCAAUAUUCCUUCAAACGCAAUCUCUUGGUGCCUCGAAGCGUCUGCAAUAUUCGCAACAAUAUCGACAAUGUAAAGACAUAGGUGAGUCUAUUGAUAGCAUAACAAAGGGAUUGAAAAAGCAAUCGGAAUCGCGGGAAGCCUCGAUUGCUGCGGAAUACGAUAAGCUGUGCAAAGCGUGUCGUGAACUACCCGAACAGUGGACGGUGAUACAAAUUUCGAAAGCCUUUAACCCACGCUCGACCAGCCUUACUUAUGAGGAGAAUCUGCAGGCACCGGCGCCCGUUUGGUUGACCGUGUUCCGUUGCAGUGAUCCCGUCGAUGAGGCUCGAUCGGAACCGCUUCUAGUUUGUCUCGAUCCACCCGCCGAUGAGCCGGGAUUGAAGUUUGAAAGCUUCUUCGAACAUAUCACCUCGAUCGCUCGAGAAGUACGAAACGGGAUCUCUGCUGAAGCGAACAGUGCAGGAGGAACCAAGGGCAUACGGAACGAGGCCAUGGAGGAAAUGAUAGCUUCCUCGAUAGACCGCGUAAAAAGAUGGCUUGGGCCAUGGACAAAUAUGCUGUGCGGAAAAUUUCGCUCACAAGCCGAUCAGUCGCUCGAAGCCGAGAUCUACAACCGGAUAGAGGAUUACUGCAUCCAGCACCGAAUGAACAAGAAAGCGCAACGACUGUUGUCGCUCGUGGCACGCAGGCUGGACUUGCUGGAGGGAUUUGAUGUUUACCGAUUGUGUUGCAGUAUGGAACUCGAUUUAGACGACUCGGCAAUUGGGUCCUUAUACGAUUUUCUGAUCGAUAUUAAGGCUCACAAGUUCAACAGCAAACCAAAGCAAUCCGAAUGUUACCCGGUGGUGCUCAUAGUGGACGAGUGGCUCGAUGGCUUCCCGUGGGAAAUGCUGCAUCCAGCGAACGAGUUUUGCCGUUUCGGUAGUUUCUGUCAGCUGGACGAGUUGUUCCGCGUGCACAAGAAACGGAUAAAGAAUGGGUAUCUUUGCGUACGGGCACAGAACUGCUGCGCUAUCAUUAAUCCAGAUAAAAACCUCGAGAAGAUGAGUCUACGUUUGCAGAUGUUUUACAGGGAGUGGUAUCCGGACUUUCAGCUGCUUGUUGACCAGCCACCAACCGAAUCGGAGUUCGUUGAGAUGCUCGAUCAAUCGGAUGUUGUCUGUUACAACGGGCACGGCAGCGGAAUGCAGUUUAUGAACGGUGAAACAUUGCUGCAGCGGGACAUUAACUGUGUUACGUUCCUUUUCGGCUGUGACUCGGUGCGCUUAUACUCGAACGGUCUGUUUACGGAGUUACUCGGCAGUCACCUGUACUACAAUGCGGCCCGCUGUCCGGCGUUAAUCGGAGCGCUCUGGGUGCUGACUGACCUGUACACCGACAUAUACUCUAUUUUGCUGUUCGGCAACUGGAUUCCAUCGACUAAUCCGAAGUACAGCAAACAAAACAUCUCUAACCUCGACACCGUGGCCCUGAAGGCGAUGAAUUGGCAAUUCAACAAGACAACGAAAUACUUUAUACCGCAAAGCCCAAACCUGCUAAAGUUAAUGAGCGAGUGUAGGCUGUUCCUCUGUCUUCCCCAGAGAAUAAGGUGCGCUUUCGUCUGUCGCGGACUCCCGAUAAUGAAUGAAACACACAAUCAAAAGGCGAAUAUAAACUGAUAGAUAAAUAUGCUAUUAUAAGGCAAAUGGUUUCACGACUUUGGGGUUUUCUCGUUCGAUAAAAUCACAGCAGGUACGCACCAGGCAAAUCAUGCCUCAACCAGCCAUUAGUUGUCC